AAUAAGAAUUUUGCUAAUUUUAAUAAUUAAUUAUGAACAAAGAAUGCUUUAGGUUGUAAAUUUUGAGGAAUUAAAAAAGAAGAAAUAAAUAUGGAAAGCAAUAAUUAUGGAAGACAAUUUAUUGGGGACUUUAGAAUAAAAUGAUGAUGAAAUAUUAGUUUAUAAUUUAAAGAAGCAAAAGUUAAUAUUUAAAUUGAAAGUAAAUGAGAAAAUAAAAAACAUUUAGUUUUCUUCUACAAAUAAAAUUCUUUCAGUAAUGACUCAAAAUAGUUUUAAUUUGUAUAAAAUAUCAUAAGGGAAAAAAUAUAAAUAAAUCAAAGUAGCUUUGAAAGGCAAAAAUUUCACUUUUUCAUUUAACAGUUGGUAUUUCUUUCUAAAUAAUUUGCUUUUCAUAAACUCAUUUAACAUGAAAAGCACAGAUGGAAUCAGGAUAUUUAACAUAUUUAAUUCUGACGAGAAAGCAGGUUUUAUUGAAAAGAACUUUCAAGUCAAGUGUUAUAAGAUAAUAGACAAAAGCACUGUAAUAUUUGGCAUCUUGAAUGCAAUUAUUAUUUAUAGAUUAGAGUAAAAUUUAGAUAGUUAGGCAUCUUAGUUUGAAAAAAUAAAUCUUUUCUUUGAAGGAAAUUAAAAGUAGGUAUCUUCUUCUUCUUCUACUAAUGAUUUGCAGUAAAAAAAUUCUAAACAAAUUAAUCAAAUUUAGAUAAAAUCCUCAACAAACGAUAUUAAUGGCUAUGUGAAUCUCAUAGAAAAAAUUGAUAAGGAAAAUAUAUUAUUGGUGAGUGUAAGAACAAUAUAUAUUUUUUCAUUGAAGGAAAAAGUAAUUACUAGAAUGGUUUAAUAGUAUUAGCAUCCUUCAGAGAUAAUUAAUAUUUCAUUUAGACCCAAAAAUAUAAUAGCUUCUUGCUGUUUGUCAGGUCUUGCUGUUCUUUAAAACAUUGACACAUCUUAAAUUAUCUAAUUAGAAGAUUUAAAUGUAUCUCAAAAAGACGCGAUAUUUCUUAUUAAAAACACCACCAUCCUAGUCAUCAAAAAGCAUUGAAAUAUAAAUAUAACAAGUUAAACUUUUUAUUUAAUCAAAAUAUAUUUAGAACAAAUUGGCUCUAAAGAUUUAACCCAUUUUUAAAUAAAGCAUUUGUAAAUAAAUGAGUUUAAGUUUUAAAAUAAGUUGAACUUACUAAAAAAUAAAAUUUUAUUCUCGUCUUAAUUAAUUAAUUUAUAAAUAAAAUCAAAGUAAUCUUAAAUGAGUUAAAAUUUAUAAGAUUUUGAGGUAGUCUGAAACCAAAAAUAAUCAAAUAAGUUAUUGGUUUAUUUAUACUUACUUUAUUUAGUAUCUCUAAAAAUAGUUAAAGUUAUUUAAGAAGAAUUUCAGUCAGUA